AUGGAAGCCCAUGAUCCUCUCUCAACGCUGAAUUCCACUAAGAUAAGCUGGACAUUGAAGGUACGCCUUACAAGAACAUGGGUGACACGUUCACGAAGAACUGGUGAUUUGUUGUAUCAUAAUAUGAUCCUGUUGGACUGUAUGGACAAUCACAUCAUAGUAGUUGCUAGGCCUGAUGUAUGGGAAAAGCAUAUCAAUGUUAUGUUCGAAGGAGGGCUGUACCAGAUUACUAAUGUCUAUGUGAGAGAUGCUGUUGGCCGUUACAGGCCAGUCACAAACUCAAAUGUCAUCCAUUUCCUGCCUGUGACUGUUGUAACUUUGUACCCAGACGACAGCAUCAUGAUACCCUUUCAUAAAUUCGAGCUAACACCUCUGGGAGACCUUCUUGGGAUAUACCAAGAAUCCAACCACGAACAUGUUCCUGAGCAAUCAACAGAUGUCAUUGGUGUAUUGGAAAAUUUAGAUCCAGUGCGUACAAUCCAAACAAUAGAUGGUCCAACAGAAAUCGAGAAAUUUACAGUUAAUGAUGGAAGUGAUGCAAUUAAAGUCUCUUAUUUUGGACCACUGAUUGAUGAAACUCGGCGUCUAUAUGCACAUGACUUGGAAAUGCCGGGAGGGUUCAGCUUGGCAACAUUGAUUGAUCAAGGAUAUAUGUUAACCUCGACACUGAAGACGUCUCAGUCUUCAGAAACAGGUUUCAGCAUUCGAUUAGCCGAGAUUGGUGUCUAG